GGCCUCCGCGACAGCGCCAUGUCGGCACCUCAUCUUCCUUCCGCUGCCUUCUUUGCCAUGGCGUGCUUCCUCGCCUGCGCCGCCGCCGCCUACCAGCGCCCCCCGCCCAGGGAGACGCUCUCCGUCCCCCUCGCCGACGACGCCGACGGCCUCACCCCCCAACAGGUACAUAUAUCCCUCGUGGGAUCCGACGGGAUGAGGAUUACUUGGAUCACCGACGACGACAGUCCUUCCACCGUGGAGUACAGCACCUCCUCUACUUUUCAGCAACGUGAAUCCAAGGUGGCCACCGGCUCCUCCUCCUCCUACUCUUACAUCCUCUACCGCUCCGGCCAAAUCCAUGACGUCGUCAUCGGCCCUCUCAGUCCCAGCACGGUCUACUAUUAUCGGUGCGGCUCGAACCCAACGCGCAAGUUCUCGUUCAAGACGCCACCUUCCUCCUUGCCCUUCAGGUUCGCAGUCGCCGGGGAUUUGGGGCAGACUGGAUGGACCAACUCGACGCUCCAGCACGUGGCCGCGCAGGACUACGACGUGCUGCUGCUCCCCGGCGACCUCUCGUACGCGGACUGCCGGCAAUCGCUGUGGGACUCCUUCGGCCGGCUGGUGGAGCCGCUGGCGAGCUCCCGGCCGUGGAUGGUGACGCAGGGCAACCACGAGAUCGAGAAGAUCCCCGUCAUCCACCCUCAACCGUUCGUCGCGUACAACUCCCGGUGGCGAAUGCCCUACGACGCCGACCCCGCCGCCCCCUCCGCCUCCAACCUCUACUACUCCUUCGACGUCGCCGGCGGCGCCGUCCACGUGAUUAUGCUCGGAUCCUACGCCGACUUCGGCCCCGGCUCCUCCCAGCACACGUGGCUGUCGUUCGACCUCGCGCGUCUGGACCGGAAUAGGACGCCGUGGGUGGUGGCGCUGAUCCACGCGCCGUGGUACAACUCGAACGCCGCGCACCAGGGGGAGGGGGAGGAGAUGCGGCAGGCCAUGGAGGCGCAGCUGUACGGCGCCCGCGUCGACGUGGUCUUCGCCGGACACGUGCACGCGUACGAGCGGUUCACGCGCGUGUACGACAACCGGUCCGACCCGUGCGGGCCGGUGCACAUCAUCAUAGGAGACGGCGGCAACAGGGAAGGGCUGGCAUCGGAGUACCUGGACAAGCCGAAGAUCUCGGUGUUCAGGGAGGCAAGCUUCGGGCACGGUCGGCUGGAGGUGGCCAACGCGACUCACGCUCUCUGGACUUGGAACCGGAACGACGAUGACGAGGCAGUGGUAGCGGACCAAGUCUGGCUCACCAGCCUCGCCUCCAACCCGGCUUGUCACUAACCAAAGUCAACGUAAUAUGCCUUCUCUUUCGAAGCUCAUGUUGUAUGUUUGUCUUGUAUGUGUGUCUUUCACAGAGUCGCACUCGUCAUGGUCCUCUUUCAGUACCUUCUGAAGCGUUUACUGCUUCAAACUUCACUGUGAUACAGUGCUUACUUAGGUUAAAUGUCAUUAAGAUCAAA